AUGAGGGAACUUAGAGAGAUGGUGAUUAAUUUGAGAGCACUUGAAGACAUUCCAGUAAUAUUACAUAUAAACCAUAACCUUCACAAGGGCCCAGUACUAACUUUAUCUUCCCCCACCCUCUACAAGAUACUCGACUUCAGGAACUUAGGGCGGCCAGAAUGUGAGGCUGUUGAUGUUGUCGGGUCUAAAUUUGUUGGCCGUAUGUGCCUGGAGACGUGCUGCUCUGAGUGUGAGCAAGUAACUGGGCGUGAAGAAAAUUUCCUUGAAGUGUGUGUUCCAGUUAAAACAAAAGCAGACUUUGAUGAGGAUGAGAAUGUGAGUGACCCUCAAGUGUUUAUGUCAGCACUGUGUGAGGAAGAGUGUUUACGUGACAAUAACAAGUACUGGUGUGACCACUGUUUCCAUCACAACGAGGCACGACGCUCCGUCCACUAUUCACAACUGCCGCAUCAUCUCGUCAUUCAUGUUAAACGGUUCAGCUCAUAUCAUAGAAAUAUGUUUACGGCGAAGUGCAGUGAAGCCAUGCCAGCACCUUUAGAGCUCUCGUGUUUCUGUCGAGGUUGUCUCUCGGAGCAAAUCCGGAAGCAGUCAUUAGCUGAAGAAGAACGGGAUAGCAAAGGACCUAGAUCAAAUUCUAAUAGUAAAUGUGACACUGCUGUACACCUUCCUUACCAUCUUACUGCUGUUGUCUGUCAUCUUGGAGCUACUCUCUCAUCUGGACAUUAUUUGUCAUUUGUUCGGCUUAGUGGUCUUCAUUCUUCAAAAUGUCCAGAGCAGCAGCUACAGCAACCAACACAGCUACAGCCACCCAACAGUGCCAAGGUAGAAUGUCAGUGGAGCAAAUGCUGUGGACUGAAGCUGGAUCACAUCCGUCCUCAGUCAGCUGUAAAUGGCCAUUUAGAGAGUGAUGACAGUAAAAGAGUGGAUGAGGAGGACAGCAUGUGGCUGGAGUGUGAUGAUGACAAGAUCAAACUGGUGAGCUCUUCUGAAGUUAGUGAAAUGAUGCGAACUACAAUCAUUACUCCCUACCUUCUAUUUUAUUCUCGCCUCUGAUCUCUCAGCUAGAGCUUUAAUAUUAUAAAAAUUUAGUGUAGAAAAUGUGAAUUUUCAUUUUGAUCUCUGAAAAUUGUAGUAAAAGUUUAUAUUUGACUUGCAUUUACUUGAAAAAAGUUAUUCAGUUGCUCAGAAGCCAGAUACAACCUUUUGUCAGUAAGAUGAGAGCAUUAGAAUAAAUGAUAUUGUUAGCAUUAACCAUUACAUGUUGAACAGUUUCUCAUAUGAUGAAAGUGCCUGAAAUCUUUAUAUUAAUGAAGGAGAGGGAUGAGACUUCCAUCAGCACCCACUACCUCUUGUGUCAGGUAAUAUUAACCAGAAAAAAAAGUCACCUGUUCGCAUGUGAAGUGUGGAAGCAUAAUUUAGAUGCCUAAGAUGGACUUGUAUUACAAAAGUCAAGCCUUUUGAACUUAGGUAUAACUAAAACUUGCUAGGAUUUCUCUUCUCAUUAUUCAAGAAGCAGCUGUUGACUAUAUAAAACAGAGACUUAAAACAUGCCGAAAGUAGCGACAUGCUUUGGAUAACUUAAUGUAAAAUUGCUAGAAAUUUAAAAGCAAAAUGGUGCUAUUGAAGAAGAUUUCAUAAAAAUCUCUUAAAAAAGGUCCAUCAAUAACAGAUUUACCGUAUGUUUAUUAGUGUGUAGAGCCAUUAUGAAGAGAGAUGCUACUGCACAAUGUGUUUGUUCCAUAAUACUAUCCAUGAUUAAAUAUAUUUAAUAUAUAUAUUGUGUAAGUGAUAAUAAUAAUGUCUUUAAUAUCAGUGGAAAGAGGAAAAGUAUUCUGAUGAUCCAAACAGCAGUGUCAAAUGUUUUCUUUUUUAUUUAGAAAACUGUGUAAAGUUUAUCAUUGGCUAGUGUUUAUAACUCAUUGAUGUAAUUAUUGUCACAACUUCCAAUGCAAGCUUUAUCUUGUUCAAAAAUAUGGGUAGUUAUCUCCUGUGUAUAUGAAAAUGUUUCUUAAUAUAUUUUUAUAUUAAAAUUACAUUGAAACUAGUGUAGAAAUUAUUAACUGUGAUUAAUAGGUAGCAUUUAUACUGUUUACAUUUUUACAAAAUAAAAAUAUUAAAGAAAAAUAAGUGCAUAAAUUGUACACAUACCUGUGUAUAAUAGGUACUGUUUUUACAUAUCUCUGUAGGGUCAGGUUCUGCUGUAGUUCUUACCAUAACAUUGAGGUGUAUAUCUGAACUGGGUUCUACAUACCUUGCUACAUUAGUGACCUAAACCACCAGCUCUGAUAUUAACCUGAAUUUUUUUUUUGUUAAUGUGUUUUCCACUUUAGGUAUAUGUGGUUCGUUGGUAAAUGUGAGAAAUAUUGAUAGGUAGGACAAAAGUUAAAGAAGUCUGAGGUAGGAAAUUGUUCUAAACUUUUUUCUUUUUUAACAAUUCGGCCGUCUCCCACUGAGGCAGGGUGACCCAAAAAGAAAGAAAAUCCCCAAAAAGAAAAUACUUUCAUUAUCAUUCAACACUUUGACCUCACUCACACAUAAUCACUGUUUCUGCAGAGGUGCUCAGAACACAACAGUUUAGAAACAUAUACAUAUAAAGAUACACAACAUAUCCCUCCAAACUGCCAAUAUCCCAAACCCCUUCUUUAGAGUGCAGGCAUUGUACUUCCCAUUUCCAGGACUCAAGUCCGGCUAUAUAAAAAUAACCGGUUUCCCUGAAUCCCUUCACUAAAUAUUACCCUGCUCACACUCCAACAGAUCGUCAGGUCCCAAAUACCAUCCGUCUCCAUUCACUCCUAUCGAACACGCUCAUGCACGCCUGCUGGAAGUCCAAGCCCCUCGCUCACAAAACCUCCCUUACCCCUUCCUUCCAACCUUUUCGAGGACGACCCCUACCCCACCUUCCUUCCCCUACAGAUUUAAAUGCUCUCCAUGUCAUUCUACUUUGAUCCAUUCUCUCUAAAUGACGAAACCACCUCAACAACCCCUCUUCAGCCCUCUGACUAAUACUUUUAUUAACUCCAUCUGCCUCCUCACUGCUGCAUUCACAACCCAAGCUUCACACCCAUAUAAGAGUGUUGGUACUACUAUACUUUCAUACAUUCCCUUCUUUGCCUCCAUAGAUAAUGUUCUAAACAUCAGUAUAUAUGUUUAUUGGUAAAAUUACAGUGCAAAUUUUCCUCAAAAUAUGCAUGGCAUACAUGGCAAAAAUUAUUACAACUGUACAAUUUUUUUUUUUUUGUUCCCAAGGCACUUCAUUGCUAAGGAUCUGCAGAUUUACUCACUCCUUUGAAAAUAUAUCAGAGCCAGUCCAUGCUCACUGAAAUUAAUGACAUGAAUAUUUGCAAAAAUGCUGAGUUUUUUAGCAGAGGUAUUUAUUUCACUAUUUAUGAAAUUGACUAUUAUCCUAUGAAGGCACCAUUGUGCCAUAUACCAAAUUCAGGAUAUUUUGGUUAUGUGUUUUUUGGAAUUUUACUGAAUCUAUUUAUUAUAUUGUUCAUUCACCACCUAGGCUGGGUGACCCAAAGAAGAUAAGUUACUUUGCCUUCCUGUCCAUAAAGACAGACAUUGCAGUUCAGUGUUGAUCCAUUGUACUUCAUUGUUCCUACCCCAUUUUCAGAGUACAGAUCUCUACUUCCCAAGCUCAGAUCUGGCUAAUUGGUUUUAAUUAGUCCGUUCAUAAAUAUUAGCUUGCUCAUACUUGAGCAAUACAUCGAGUUUUAUAAACCACUGUCUUUUAGUCCACCCUAUAAAACUUUCAGCUGAAUCUCACUCUUCAUAGUUUAGUUUCCUUUAUCUUGAUUCUAUUGUUCUCUGGGAUUUCUUCAAGCUUGGUGAAAUUCAUUUGUAGUCAAAUUGUUUUUUCCUUAAAAUUUAAUGCAAGCUCCCACCAGUUAUUGACUUUGAUAAUUCACAUCUCCAGCCUUGAUCAGUAUCUUAGGCAUUAUAAUCAUUUAUGAAUUGUACUGGAAAUUUCAGGUUUCAACAAAUGCCAAAAGUUCCAAAAAAAAAAAAAAAAAAAAAAGAAUAGAAUGCUCUUUAGAAUCAGAAAAUCUUCUCUUCAUAAACUCUAUACAAAAGUUGCAUUCAUUGUUACUAGAGAAUUUCUUUCAUAUCUAGGAAUGCUUUUAAUUCUACCAGGAUUCUUAAAAGUUCAGAGGAAAUACAUUUGUUUUAGUAUUUAUGCCCUUUUCUAUUCCUAAGCCUAAAUCAAGAACCUACUGUAGUAAAGUUGCAUCCUUCUUGUUAUCUUAAAGAUAAUUACUGUAUAUGGCUUAUGCGCGUGCGUACACACACACACACACACACACACACACACACACACACACACACACUCUAGGGAGGGGACACAGAAACAAGAGGCCACAAUUGGAAGUUGAAGACACAAAUGAGUCAGAGAGAUAGUAGGAAGUAUUUCUUCAGUCAUAGAGUUGUAAGGCAGUGGAAUAGCCUAGAAAAUGAAGUAGUGGAGGCAGGAACCAUACACAGUUUUAAGACGAGGUUUGAUAAAGCUCGUGGAGCGGGGAGAGAGAGGGCCUAGUAGCAACCGGUGAAGAGGCGGGGCCAGGAGCUAGGACUCGACCCCUGCAACCACAAAUAGGUGAGUACACACA